AAAUAAUACUACAUGGGUGGACAACAUUGCCCGCUCCCAGGAGCUCAUAAUUCUUGUUAAUUCACUCCCGCAUGCUGCAUGCUUUACCGUCUGUCAUCAUAACUUCCCGUGAUUUAACAUGAAAUUAAUUUUAAAUUACUUUCUCAUUAACAAAUACACCUAUUCGCGGCCUUUUGAUCAAAAGGAUCCUUCUGAGAAAUUCGGCAUACUUAAUGUAAAUUAACUUUACAUUAUUGCUUUAAAUAUCAGUCUUUAUCCCCGGCGUGCCGGCUGUUAUCAGCGUUAGCAAACGCUACCUAUACAAUCUUAACUCGAUUAAGCGGUGGUAGCUAAGCAUAAGAAACGAUAAAAAUGGCACUAAAAGAUAUGCCGAUUAUAAAAGGAGGCGGUCACUUUUCAUUUAACAUACAGAGCCACGUUUUAUGGAGCGUUGUUAGUUUGUUAUUGCCGUGCCGCCGGCUCAGUGUUGCCAGAUCCUGAUGGUGUUUGGCGUGUCUUGACCAGUGCCAAUGAGAAGCGAGUGCAGUGCUAAUCCUGGAUUACCAAGCGCACGAACCUUACUGCAGUUUAAAACCAGCGGCACAAGUGAAUAUUAAAAUUGACCUACAGUAAACAUGGUUAUAAUCAGAGCAGCAGUUAUCCUUCAGUUAGAUCUUAUUUUGAUGGCUCUGAUAUGUCCUCUCUUCGUCUCUUCCUUUCACAUCUUCAGCUUCGUCUAUGGACCUCUGCCUGCUUCUUGUGUAAUGGGGAAUUUAACCUCCUCCCAUCCAAGGGGUCUGUCCAGCACUGCCUGUUUACAGUACGUUCAGGAUGUGGUGUCACAGAACUGUGUUGUGAUAUUUUCCAAGACCACCUGCCCAUAUUGUAAAAUGGCCAAAAACGUCUUCAACGAAAUUGGCGCAACCUACAAAGUGAUUGAACUGGAUGAGCACAAUGACGGGCGGAGUCUGCAAGAGGCCCUAGCUCAGAUGACCGGUGCCAGGACGGUCCCAAGAGUCUUUGUCAAUGGCCAUUGCAUUGGGGGCGGGUCUGAUACCAAACAGCUCCAUCAGCAAGGAAAGCUGGUGCCUCUGAUCGAGCAGUGUGCUUCCUGCUGUGCUGCCACGGGCUCUGAAGGCUCAGGCGCCAGACAGUUUGAGGCGGCCAAAUGACUAACCGUUCUUACGGUUUUUAUCAAUGCACCACUUAUCACAUGCUUGCUUGAGCUCAUGCUACAAGGUGUACAUUGCUUGAGCAUGACUAUAGUAUUUAUGCAUCAAAGUGCGGUGGAUACUUGAUGUAAAAAUACAUUUUCAUCCAGGGAUGUACAUUAUUAUGAUAAUGAUGAUGAUAUUGUUUUUAAUAUUAUUGUUAUGGCCUCUGUGUAAAGCGUGGGAUUGCUGUAUUACUCGUACAGCACUUGUACAUGUUUGUUUUAUUGAACAAUAUUACACUUCACUGAACUGUGAACAUCUUGAUGUAUUGAUUCUACCUUAGCCGUUGGUUUUUAUUUCAGGUAACUUUUCAUAUUUUUCAAGAGCAAAAGAGGUACACUUUGUAAAAAUAUGCAGAGUAUUGUGCUGUU